AUGGGUCGAGCUCCUUCCAGUGGUCGUUCAACGGGCGUGACCUCGCUGAGCGACAAGCUCAACCCGCGAGGAAACGGUCUGCCCGCCGUCUCGUACAAUGGCACGCCUAGCUCGACCGUCGUCGGGUCUGGCAACGAGUACUCCAAGGAGAGCAAGGCUGCAGGCUUUGCCAUCGACGCCAACCCUUACUCAUGGGACACUAAGGAUGGCCAACCCGAGCCUGAUGACUAUCUUCACGACCCGCGCGACGACGGGCGAGGGUCUUUUGUCUCUGGCGGCUUCCCCACUCGUGCCCUCUGCAACAUCGGCGCCCUCGUCAUUCUUGGCUGUGGUAUUCUUGCCCUCUUUGCAGGCUACCCGAUCAUCAGCUACUUCACGCGCGACAAUGGCGGCAACAAAAGCGGCUUCAAUCUCGGCGGCACCAACGCCUCUGGCCAGAUUGCCAGCUUCUCUGGCAUGAGGACUGGUCUCAUUGACCCAGACACUCCGCAAGACGCCCUCACUCGUACUAGCUUCGUCGACGGACGCAAGUACAAUCUCGUCUUCUCCGAUGAGUUCAACGUCGAUGGACGCUCCUUCUACCCCAAUGACGAUCCGUUCUGGGAGGCAGUCGACCUUCACUACUGGGGAACCAACAAUUAUGAGUGGUACGAUCCAGCGGGCGUCACUACGGCCAAUGGGGCGCUGCAGCUCACCCUCUCGGAGCACCCUGAGCAUAAUCUCAAUUUCCGUGGCGGCAUGAUCCAGAGCUGGAACAAAUUCUGCUUCACUGGUGGUUACGUCUCAGCAUCGGUCCGUCUCCCCGGUCGUGCUGAUGUCGCCGGUCUUUGGCCCGCAUUCUGGCUGAUGGGCAACCUGGGUCGCGCUGGAUACGGUGCUACUCUGGAGGGUACCUGGCCUUACAGCUACGACUCGUGUGACGUUGGCACUCUUCAGAACCAGACGACCGUUGACGGCGAACCGGUCGCAGCUCAAACUGGUGGUGCCGUCGGCUUCAACAAGAAGCACGGCUCCAAUGCUCUCUCUUUCCUCACUGGACAGCGCCUUUCUGCGUGCACCUGCCCCGGCGACGAUCACCCUGGUCCCAAGAAGGCCAAUGGCGACUACAAAGGCCGAGCUGCCCCCGAAAUUGACGUCUUUGAGGCUCAAGUCGGCGGCGGCGAGAUGACAGUGUCGCAGUCGGGCCAGUGGGCGCCCUUCAACCAGUACUACAAGGUCACCAACACGUCGGGUCCGGCGUACGAGUUCUUCCAAGGUGGACACUACAACGUCUACACAGGAGAGCUGACGCAGCAGUCGACGUCUGGUGUGAGCAAUACACCUCAGCAGGCCGUCGAGAAGGGCGGCAACGGCGAGUUUGCGGAAUACGGCUUCGAGUAUCAGGCCGGCAACAAUGGCUACAUCGAGUGGGUCUCCGGCGGCAAGCCGUCAUGGCGCCUCAACAACGAGGCUAUGGAGCCCGACCCGGUUGCGCAGAUCGAUCGUCGCCCCUUCCCCGAGGAGCCCCUCUAUAUCAUCUUCAACUUGGGCAUCUCGCAGAACUUCGGUAACCCGGUUUGGGACCAGCUUACCUGGCCCAACACCAUGUCCGUCGACUGGGUACGCGUCUACCAGCCCGAGGGCGAAGAGAACGUCGGCUGCGACCCUCCCGACUUCCCCACUAAGGACUACAUCAACCGCCAUCAGGCUGCUUACACCAACGCCAACCUGACGCUCUGGGGUGCGACGGCUCCUGAGGGUGGCUACCAGCAAAACUGGCCUCGCAAUCGUCUUAACCCGCAAGGAUGCAAUGCGCCUGCGUCCAAGUAUCCUGGCUCGCCCGUACAGGUCAAGCAAAAGGCGCCUCCUCGUUCGAGCAACGUCGCUUCCAAUUGGAACAAGGGAUAA